GCAUGCUUGCAUAGAAUGUCGAUGUAUUUAUAACAGCCGUGUCAGUGACGGGAAGUCAAUUGUUUUUGUACAAAUACAAUUCAAUGGCCCUAGUCGAAGAUGGAAACAAACACAUUAGGGCCAAUUUUGGCCCAGAAUUCGAAUCGAGUCUUCUAGCCCAUGACGAAAUCGUGGAUGUGUAUGGCUCCAAAGUGGACACACAGAGUGAUUGUACAGAAGAACCCCCACCCUUAGACUCUCUGGACAUGAGUGGAAGACUAAACGACUCCUUGGGAAGUUCAGGAAAGUCAGUUCAGUCUGUGAAGUUACCGAGGUCGGCUUUGAGAGAAAUUAGCGACCCGAGAGGAAUUAUUCAGAAAAUGGAAGAAGAACACGCUAAAUAUGGAGUGCAUCAUCAAAAACCGCUUGAACAAAUCGGACUAACUAGUGAACAGAAUUCAGAUUUCGUGAACAACGAUUCAAUUGUGGAUUCGAAUAUGGGAAAAGGUAAAGGUCAUCAAGAUGAUAGAUCAAAAGUUGCAGUGGAAGUGACGAAUGGUAACCAUGGUGGUAAUUCGUUGCGUUCAGAAGCAAAAUCAGCCCUUCAAAAGUCAUCAACUAGUGCUAAGAAAUUCGUUCCUGCCUCAAUGGUAUCAUUUUCGAGUGACAGGGAAUCGAAAGCUGUGAUCAGUGAAGACCAAGCUCAACUAACGGCAGCGGCGGUUAGUGCUGCGAUGAGUGCCGCAAUUCCAUACUUCAAAGGUCAGGCGGAUCUUGAAGGUCAAAUGAAAUUGCUGCUUGACAAGGUCACACGUCUAGAAAGGCAGGAGCCAAUACGUGAAAGGUCGCUCGAUGUCGGAUUUGACAAAGAUCACGCGGCUGCUAAAGUUGAAAGACAUUUGGCCGAAUUGACGGAGAAAAGAUUGCAACUCCUUGAAAAGGUUCUGGACAAGGAACGGAAGAUGGGAAUUAGGCCGAGACAUGAAAUAGAGUCGGAUUCCCAAAUUUCAACCGCGAGAUCGUUUCAUCGAGCUAACUUUAUUGAGGAGGAAUUUUCCAGGCCUAAGUCGGUUCAUUACACUAAAGUUGCAACAGCUCCUAGGAAUGCUUUAUUGUCUAAAGCUAACACAAGUUCCAGUAGGUCGAAGUCAAAAAGAAGUUCAUCGAAACAAACUAGUUUCAAUGAUACUUCUUUGUUUCCCAGAAACGAGGUUCCCAAACCAACGGAUCCUUCUAGCGAACUCCUUAAAGAGAUUCUUCUAGGUCACAACGAUAGUUCGUUGCAUACUUUGGACAAUUCUGGCACUGAAAACCGAAUGAAUUUCCAACAAAAUGUAGCAAGAAGCGCGACAUCGUACGAAGCGGAGGCUAGAAUUCUACACGAGUUAGCUUUGUUGAAAGAUGAGUUGAUGAGUUUGAAAGUGCGAGAGGAGCCUGUUAAUCAUCCGCAAACACGAAUAGACGUCAAAACACCCAGAAGUAUGGUUGGAACUGAAAACGGUGAUUACAUGAAUAGUUCGACUUCAUCGCUGAACGAGGAGCAAAUUCGACUUUUGAAGAAACGCAAAUCGGAAUUGUUGAGUCAGUAUUUUCAGGAAUACUCGAACCCAAGUCCAAGAGUAGAAAGAUUUAAACUGUCAGAUAUAUCGAAUACUUCAUUUGAUAAUUUGCAUAAAGAACCGGAACAAGUGUUGAAUGAAGCUCGGAAUUUCCGAAAGCGAUCAGAACUGGAAAGACAAAUUCAAGGAAGAAAUAUGGCUCAAUAUAAAGUACACAAUAGAAUAGACCAUAUUUGCGACGGGAUUUCAGAUGGAUAUUACCAAUUAAGGAAAAAUGUAGACAAAGAAAUUGGGAAGAUUCAAAGCGAAGUUGAGAAAGAACUACAAGCUGCUGAAUUACAGGCCCAAGAGGUGGAGAAACAACGACAAGAAGCAAAUUCUAUUCCGAAAAAUAAAUUUGGAAAACCUAUUUCUAAUGUUAGAGGUCUAAAAGCAACCACGGUUGAACGAAAAGCUGGACCAUCUGGAAAUGUAGCGAACCAAGUUAAGAAGCCAACAGCAUCGGUCAGACCAUUCGGUCAACGAAAUGACAUGGCUUCAAAGGUUCGCUCGAAACUAGCAGGCGAAGACGAACAUACUGUACAGGAAGUAUCGCCGACGCAACUUGCAUAUCAGCAACUUAUUUUGCAACGCCAGGAAGAGUACAGGAAAAAGAUAGAAAGAGUUCAAAAGUUACCGGCUGGUUCCACGGUUCAAAACGCAGGAUUGCUAUACAACAAGAAUUUCUACCCAGUCAAAGGGAAGGUUUUGGCUCCGGCUCCUGAAACCAAGGAAGUCGCGACAGAGACUAAAUUCCAGCAGAACCAAGAAAUUCAAACUGAGACUCCUAGAGAUGCGAAAGUGGUGGAAACUCAUAGUGGGAAACGAGUCGACAUGCAACAUGUUGUUUCUUCAAAUAAGAAAGACAAAUUCGUGAUUGAAACGUUGCCUUGUGUUGAAAUCGAAAGCCAGCUUGAACAAAAUGAAUCAGUAGAAAUAGUUGAAAAAGAAGACGUGAAGAAACAUAAGAAAGAGCCGCCAGCCAAUGAGAGUCGAGCAGAUUACAGUGACGUAAUAAUCGUGCCUGGAUACGGAAAUGAGUUCAAUCCAAGGUCAAGUAGAAAUCAAAAUGUGACGUUUGUUAAUCCGAACAGAACAUAUGCUCAGUUCCAAGCGUGUUUGGAAGAUGAAAUUCUCUCGCACGUUCUGAGAAAUGUAGUGGGCGAAGCUACCGUUCCUGGACAUCUAAAUAGAGAAGAUGAUUCAAUGAGCGAUGAAAGUAGUGUAUCUCCUGAAAAUGAGAUGCUUCUUCAAAUAUUCAUCGAUGCGGGAAUCGAGAUCGACAAGCAUUUGCUGAAAAGGUUAGGCGAAGAGGAAGUUAUGCGCCUUAUUCUGAGCAUUCUAGAAGAGCAAAAACGCGAUCAAUUUGCGGACAAGCUAACUCCAGUUCGCGCUCAUGUAAACCGAGUCCCGACUCCGACUAGAACUGCUGACGAUUAUACUCCAGUGGAAUCUGAGGCAUCGCAAGCGAGUAUAGAGAGCGAAGAGCCAAGAGUUGAUUUGGUAGACAGAGGAAUCAGUCCAAUUGAGUUCGCGCCAGCUGAGGAAUCAAGUUACACGGAAGAUGUGACUGAGUAUUCGGCGAGAGUUUCGAUACAACCGAGUCGUGAGCCGAAGUCGUUAGUCGCCACACCCGAGAAGACUCCGCCGAGGUCUCCCGAGAGCUCGAUCGUUGAAUCGGUGAAAAGUGUAGCGAAGGAACCCCCACCCAGUCCAGAAAAAGUGGUGCCAUCUAAAAUGCCAGAACCAACUAUUUCGACGGUGUUUGAUGAUGCAGAUAUGGUAGAUGCAGGUAUUCAAUACGAGAGCCAACCCAGUUUCAGAGAAGCGCAGACGUCUCCAAUUCAUUUUGCGCCAGCUAAACCUCAGCGUGUGUCCCCACCAGUAGAGAGUACCGAGAGUGUGGAAGAUGAGUCAUCUGAGACGACUGAGGAGGAGGAGGAAAGUGGCACUACGGGGGAUGUGAUGUCAGACCACGAGUGGAUGCUACCCCACAAUCUACUCAAGAGCGAAGGAGAAGUCACACCUCCCAAAAUACCCAAAGGAAUGAGCACAGACUUAGAUACGGAGAACGACCUGACAUCUCGAGUGUCCCUUUCCCAGGGAGAGAUCCUCCGCCCCAGAAGGAGACAGACUGCGGCUGGACAGAUCAAAGGACCAGUGACAGAGGCACUGUUCGAAAUGAAACACCUGAUGGCAGCAUCCAACCAAGGCGCCCAAAUCAUACCACGUGUGGAGAGACGAAGGUUCAAACCAUACACGCCAAGAUCAGAUGAAAGACAACCAGAAAGCCCAUCCUUAAAGUCUCCAACGUACGGUGCUAACUACCAGAGCUCAUCCACCAUUCCGACCAAAUCACCUAGAAAAGGAGUUCCAGUUCCGAUCAUGGUACAUUCGACUCCGAAAUCGAACGUCGCUUCUGAGAGUCCCAAUGAAAAUCAACCAGAUACUGUGCGAAGUUCAGUUGGAGGUGAAAGUGUGAAAAGGUCACAAGAGGAUGGUCUUGUUUCUCAGAGGUCACAGGAGUCUGCGAGGACGAGCUCUGCUUUCAGACUCCCGUUGGACGCGUUGAAUACAGAAGAAUCGAUUUCGGACAUCGAAGAAAUCAUGUAGCAAGAAAGAAAAACUGGCCGUAUAAUCUAGUCAAAAUGCAUAUCAUUUGCAAGAGUGCUUUGCCUUAACAAAAACUUCGGUCACAGUUUUAAAACACUUUCAAAAUCAAAAAUACCCUAUUUGAUUUAAUUCAAAAUUUAUUCCAAUCAUAUUUACACUUGUGCGAGCAAGUGUCCUUUGUAAAUAGUUUUAACCAAUUUCGCCGUUAGUAGUUUUUUGAAGUGUCUUGAAACUUGAAAAAGAUUUUUCAGUUGUGAACGUUUUAUACGUACCGUUAUGAUAGUGUCUUGUGAAAUAAUGAAAGUUUCAUAAUUUUGCA